GCCCCUUCAGCCCGUUCUCCAAUGUCCGCGACUUGCCGGGGGCGUCCGUCAAUUCCUUUUUCCGCAGGUAUGAGGUGCACCUGGACCUGUUCGGACUGAGUCCAGCGAAAAUGCGAGCCACAGAGCUGCAGUCAGUGAAAGAGAAUGGGGCCUGGACCUGGAGAUGUGAGAGUUUGCUGCGUGAGAGGGACUUAGUCACUCUCAUGGUACCUGAGGCGGGGAGAUGAAGUGCCCGUGCAAGUAUAUAUUCCCAGCUCCUGGCAUAGUACCUGGACAGUAUGAGGUGCUCACAAAGUGAACAAAAUGUUGAAGGAAAUUGAUGCUUAAGGUGGCAAGAUAACCUGCAGAACCACACGUUCCAGCACACAAUGUACUGUCAGGACUGGAGUCCCAGGAUGGGACUGUCGGAGGCCUACGAUGAUGACCAGCUUUUCUCCUUCGACUUUUCCCAGAACACCCGAGUGCCUCGCCUGCCUGAAUUUGCUGACUGGGCUCAGAAGUCUGGAGAUAUUUCCACUGUUUUAUUUGACAAAGGAUUCUGUCAAGUCAUGAUCCAUGAAAUAGGCCCAAAACUUGAAGGGCAAAUUCCAGAGUCUAGAGGGAUUCCUGUUGCUGAGGUGUUCACGCUGAAGCCCCUGGAGUUCGGCAAACCCAACACGCUGGUCUGUUUUGUCAGCAAUCUCUUCCCACCCGCAUUGACGGUGACCUGGCAGCAUCAUUCGGCCCCUGUGGAAGGUGCCGGGCCCACUUUUGUCUCAGCCAUUGAUGGACUCAGCUUCCAAGCCUUUUCUUACUUAAACUUCACACCGGAACCCUCUGACCUUUUCUCCUGUGUUGUGACUCAUGAGAUUGAUGGCCAAACAGCAAUUGCUUAUUGGGUGCCCAACAACGCACUGCCCUCAGAUCUUCUGGAGAAUGUGCUGUGUGGCAUGGCCUUCAGCCUGGGUGUGCUGGGCAUCAUUGUUGGCUUGGUCCUCAUCAUCUACUUCCGGAAGCCUUGCUCAGGUGACUGAUUCUUCCUGAUCAGAGUCUGAUGCCAACACCUUCGGCCAUCCCAGCAGGGGGUGCUCAGGUUUCUCACAUGCUGCCUGAUAUUGAUUGCUCCUUCUCAGAGCAGAAGGCCUGGGACUCCCCCGGCUGUGUGUGUGGGUGUACAGGUUGCAUCCAAGGGAACCCAGAGUGGCCUUUCUAUCAUGAGCACAAUCCUUCCCACUUCAAGGCAAUAAAUAAUUUUUAACUCA